AUGAGCGGGUUUAACUUUGGCAGCACGGGGGCCCCCUCAGGCGGGUUCACUUUUGGCACCGCGAAGACAGCCGCCACUGCCACCACCACCACCACCACCACCCCUGCUACUGGGUUCUCUUUCUCUACUCCUGCCACAGGCGGCUUUACCUUCGGGGCGCCCUCCCAGCCAGCUGCCAGCACCCCGUCGACCAGCCUGUUCACACUCACCACCCAGGCACCUGCCAGUCAAACCCCAAGGUUCACUUUUGGGGCUACAACACCUUCUUCUGGAGGAACAGGCUUUUCCUUGGGCAUAAACACCCCGAAGUUAAACCUGGGAACCCCCGCAGCCCCCCAGGCCACGGUCACCCCCAGCGCCUUUGGGCUCGGCAGCAACACCAGCACCAUAGCCCCCACCGUCACCUCAGGCCAGGCGACAGCACCCGGCGGCUUCGUGUUCGGCCCAGCAACCACGUCCACCUCUGCACCCACGACCUCUGGGGGCUUCUCGCUCGCUGAGGGCACCACCACCCAAGCGGGGGCCUCUGGCUUCAGUCUGAGUUCCAUGGGGGGUGCAGCACAGUCCACGGGGCUCACCGGCUUACCCUUUGCUGCAACCACCCCAGCAGCCACUGCCGCCGGAGCCACCCAGCCAGCCGCCUCUGUGCCCGCCGCCACCACCACCACCAGCACGGGGCCCUCCCUCUUCGCCUCCAUCGCCACAGCUCCAGCGUCAUCCGCUGCCCCCAGCCUCUCGCUCGGCCCCCCGGCCACCUCCACCUCGGCUCCCGCGACUGGGGGGCUGAGCUUCAGUUUAAAGCCUCCCGGCGCGACUGCCAGCUCAUCCGCAGUGACGUCCAGUGCCUCAGCCACCAGCACCACCACCACCGCCUUUGCCUUGAACCUGAAGCCACUGGCUUCAGCCGGCCUCCCUGGCACGGUGCCGGCCGCAGGAACCACCGCCGCCGCCCCGAGUGCUGCCGUGGGGGCCCCCGCCAGCCCCACGCUGACCUACGUGCAGCUGGAGAGCCUCAUCAACAAGUGGAGCCUGGAGCUGGAGGACCAGGAGCGGCACUUCCUGCAGCAGGCCACGCAGGUCAACGCCUGGGACCGCACGCUCAUCGAGAACGGCGAGAAGAUCACGGCCCUGCACCGCGAGGUGGAGAAGGUGAAGCUGGACCAGAAGCGGCUGGACCAGGAGCUCGACUUCAUCCUGUCCCAGCAGAAGGAGCUGGAGGACCUGCUGAGCCCCCUGGAGGAGGCGGCCAAGGAGCAGAGCGGCACCAUCUACCUGCAGCACGCCGACGAGGAGCGCGAGAAGACCUACAAGCUGGCCGAGAACAUCGACGCGCAGCUCAAGCGCAUGGCCCAGGACCUCAAGGACAUCAUCGAGCACCUCAACACGGCCGGCGCCCCCGCCGACUCGAGCGACCCGCUGCAGCAGAUCUGCAAGAUCCUCAACGCGCACAUGGACUCGCUGCAGUGGGUGGACCAGAACUCGGCGCUGCUGCAGCGGCGCGUGGAGGAGGCCAGCCGCGUGUGCGAGCGGCGGCGCAAGGAGCAGGAGCGCGGCUUCCGCAUCACCUUCGACUGA